CUACAGAGCCUGUAGCAUACGUGACCGACUACAGUGGGGUGGCACUAAUAGGUUUGGCAGUGACGGUCACCGCCACAACGGCGACCACCAUCUACAGCUGCGAGUCAAGUGAGUGUUCCUCUGCUGCCACGUCAAGCCCCAGCAUGAACACUAUCGUCGGCACAUACCCUGUGCUUUCGAUCCUCUCCUGCGCUCUGACAUCCUGCACUGCCUCCCCUACCACCCUCCUCACUGUUACGUCAUCACGAACAUCCGCCGAGCAGGCGGCGACGACAAACGCUGUUAGCGUUCUGUCUUCUGCACUUUCCACCAGCAUCCCCGUCAUCCUUCCCUCCUCGUCUCCUACCACCGUACCGGGCUGGCAUUGGAGUUCGGUCAACUCACAAUCGACUUCUUCUUCAGGCACCAAUGUUGCUCCUCUGCCAGUCGGCCCGGCCACCGCAAGCUCUUCGCCCUCGGCCUACCAGUCCAGCGUGCCGGCGAGCAGCGUCGCUCCCAUCUCCUCUACUACGGUCACCACAACCAUCACCCCAUCAAGCACCCCGGCUGCCAUCGCUUCGGUCUCCAGCGCUUCAUCCUACACCACCACGACCAUGAGCGUCCCGGCUAGCGUGUCCACCUCUCUGAGCAGCUCCGGCAACACCGUCGUCCCAGUUAUCGUUCCGGCCACGAGCGGUCCCGCUUCCACUACGGCGCCCGCUCCAUCCUCAUCUGCGGCUCCUGCUCCAUCAUCCUCCGCCGCUGGUGCUGUCUCCGGCAGCGCCUCAAGCGCCACACCGAUGGGCACUUCCAGCAUGAGCAUGACUCCUGCCUCGAGCUCCGCUCCAUCCGCCUCCGGUAGCUCAUCAGCAAGCGGGAGUGCCACAGCCAACCCGGUCAGUGGGUCAAGCGCUGCCGCCACCACCACGCCGGCCCCGCCAGCGUCUGCGGCUGCAACCAAUGCUGCAAACAUGAAGGAGUUCCCUGCUGCAAUGGGUGGACUCGCGGCUGCUGCUGCGGCUCUGCUCUUCAUCUAAGCGCAGACUCUUCGACAGGGUAGCGCCAAGCUGCCCUUCCUUGACACUGUUUCGAGACUCCUCGACACUCACCAACACGCAUUGGAGAGCUGCAGAAAGCGAGUCAUCCCAUAGCGAUCAGGCGUUCACUAGGGCGUCCCGGGCAUGAAACGACGGAUACCCAACAUAGCAUGUUUUAUGAUUGAUUGAGGGAGGAGUACGAUUGACGAUGCAUAUGGCAAAGGCACAUCAGAACGGUUGGCUCCGUCGAGUCUUCAUGUACUUGUAACUGCUUUGCCCAGCGAGAAAGCAAUAAUGUAAUGCUUGCACGGCCAGCCAACAACCCGAUCACUGUUUCUCUGAAGUCUUUGUUGCAUAAAGUCUAGGCAUUGUUCAAGGUGUCUUCUUGAUCUGUCC